AUGACUGAACUAUUGCAACGAAACUCAAAGUUAAAUCCAACUUUGGAACCGCGCAGAAACUAUGAGGUCGAAUGCCGGAAAGCAACUGAAUCAUCUAAGCUACCACAAUCACCACGAACAAGAACAACAGAAGAGCAAUUCAAGGAAACAAAAGAAAAUUUUUAUACAAAAUGCGGAUCAACUAUGACAGUUAUUCAACAAACGUUAACUAAUUCAAGACCACAUGCAGAAGGCAUCAUUCAAGCAGCUGGUUUUUCGUAUAUUAAAAAUACUAAUGAUUCCGUACAAUGCGCACAAUGUAACCUAAAAUUAUCCGGCAUAACGAAAGAAAUGAUUCCGUUUCAAGAACAUAAAAUCCAAAGUCCAUCGUGUCCAUUUGUAAAAAAGAUGACGAGAAGCGACGAAUCAGAUGAAAUGACAACAAGUCCUGCAAUAUCAUCUAUUGACGGUAAACCACAAAAACUACAAAAAACAGAAUCAAUGACUUGUGUGGGCGAUACUACAACAAAACAGAACAUUAAUAAACGAAAACAACAAAAUGUUACUUGCAAUUUUGUUGAAAUGGCAUGUAUGCAUGAUAUUCGUAAACGAACAUUUUCUCAUUGGCCACAUAAAAAUCCGUCAAAGUCACAAAUAAUUGAGGCGGGAUUUUUUAUGUGUAAUGUUGGUGACAGAGUUAUUUGUAUCUAUUGCAAUAUUAUCUGUCAACAAUGGACACCAUACAGCGAUGAUCCGACUGAAAUACAUAAACUUUUAUCUCCGAAUUGUCCGUAUGUAAAAUCAAUUUUACAAAAAAAUACGUCAAAGAACAUUAUUCCUAUUGUAAAUGAAACAGAGCAUCAAUCGUCACAAAAUGUAUCCAUGAGUGAUACUAGUAAAAGAGUAACCAACGUGACCGGUAAUAACAUUCGAUCAAACGAAUUUGUUUUAACAGCAGCAUGCAAUCAACAAUAUAUAGAAUUACACAAACGUGCAACAUCAUUUGCUACUUGGCCUACUGAUUCCUUACCAUCGGUUGAAGAUUUGGUCAAAUCGGGCUUCUACUACACUGGAAUGAAGACAAUAGUGACUUGUUUUUAUUGCAAUGGUUCUCUUCAGAACUGGGGAGCAAAGGAUAAUCCAAUGAUCGAACAUGCCCGAUGGUUUCCUUAUUGUGCUUAUGCUAGACAACUUUGUGGCGAUGAUCUAUACAGAAAAAUUCAAGAAUCAAAACGAGCUGCUCAAGAACGAAUACGAUCAAAUGAACAACAACAAACAAAAAGUUUUUCAAUAUCAAACAUCAAUGAAACAUCAAACAAUAAUCUCCCACUAACAAAUAGUGGAAUUAUUUCAAAUAGUAGACAACUACAAAUUCCAGAUGAAGGUACAUUAUCGAGAUUAGUCGCUGCUCGAUUAGAUUUACCUAUCUCACAAAGUUUAUUGAAUAAAAAUUUUAAAUUAUCAAUUAUAAAACGUUGUUUUGAAGAUCAAUUACGGUUGAAACAUGAUGAUUUUGCCAGUGAUUCUGAUUUAUUAUUAGCAUGUACUAUACUUCAAAAACAAAUCCAUCAUAUUGAUGGAAAAAAGGAAAAUAUCAUUAUACCAAGUGUACAUAUGAAAAAAUUAGCAGAACAAGUAGAAAAAGAACGUGCAGAAAGAGAAAAUGUCGAGCAACAUACACUUUUUUCUAAUCCAACCCAAACCACAUCUCUACCAAUGAUAUCGUCUUUAUCUUCGUCAUCUACAAGUGAAGAUGCUGAAAUGACAUCAGUAAUUAACGAAUCAGCUACGUCUGAUUAUUGGACAAGUUCAACUGAAUCAGACCUGGAUGUUAAAUCAACUGAUGAAAAAUCAAAACCAAAAUCAAAUUCUCAAACAGAAGUAACAAAUCCAUGUGUACUCUGCCUGACUGAUGAAAAACGAUUAGCUUGUAUACCUUGUGGACAUCUGGCAACGUGUGUACCUUGUGGCCAUUCUCUUCGAACAUGUCCCAUUUGUAGAAGAGAAAUCGAAGCCUUCGUUCGUGUCUAUAUUUAA